AUGCGGCCAUUCCAGGAUCUCGCUAUCUCCUUUUCAGGAUCAGAUUCUGAUGAGGAGACGGCGAAUUUCAUCCUAAGUCAGUUCACGGCCAUAAACCCAACCGCGCCUCUUACAAAACCGCAAACCACGCACUUGGUCCCAUACGUUGAGAUUCCCAAGAAAGACCUGAACGAAGAUGACUAUCCAUAUCUACCUGGCCAUUCGAUAGUGAAGUAUAUAAGGUCUAAGGUGGAAGACCUUUCUUCGGAUUCUUACGAAGUCGCGCUCAAAAGCGGUGAUAUUGAAGUGCUGUCAUCUAGUAAAAUUCGAUCUCUUAAAGGUGGUCCCGAGGCGCUGUCAUCAUUCAUAUCUCAAGAUGCCUAUUCUACAUCAGAGUCCCCGUCUACUAGCAGCUCGGAGGAUGAGCUUAUUUCAACCCACCCGACCAGACGACGCUCAAGGAGGUCCGAAGCCAUUGGUUCUAAUAACGAGCCUCUACGGCCUAGAAGCCUCCGUCAAAGAACUCUGGCGAAGGUCAACUAUUUAAUGCGCCUCGACAGCGUUGAAUCUGAAUAUUUCGGUACAAAGAGAAGGUCGAGCAGGCUGAAUACCCGUCGUAGUCGAUCGAGUGAUAACCUUAUUGAAAUCAACAGUGAUGAUUCUAGUGAUAACACCCAAAGAAGGUCGCGUGCAAAGAGACGAAAGAUUUCAAGCCUCCCGCAACGGGAAUACCGGAGCGGAGUACGAACAUCACAGCGGCAGCGGAAACAUGUCGGUAGCAUGGCCGAAAGGCUAGAAGAUGACAUUUCCGAAGUCGAAGUGGUACAUAAGGAGACUAAAUACUCAGCUGCACAAGAAAAGUUCGUCAAGUUGCCAAAAGAUGACCCCUUUAGACUUCGUCACCAAUCCGCAUGCAGGGUUUGUUAUACCCCGGGGGACAGCUCCGAAAAAGGGGUUCUAGUCUACUGUCAAGGUUGCACGGACGCAUAUCACCAAGUGUGCCUCGGAUCCCGAGGCCAACGGGUUCAUCUAGUCAGCAAAAUAACUUCUAAUUAUUUUGUUCUACAGUGCCGUCACUGUCUUGGGCUAGUUCGCGACAAAGAUCCUUUGGCUCCUCACAAUGGUAACUGCACCAACUGCAAAUCUCCAGGCAGAAUGGCUAAACCAUUAAGGCCGCAUUUGACGACAAAACAGGAACAUAUGCGGCGGGAAGAGAACGGCGGAGAGGAUCCCUGUCUCGAUAUAGAUCAAUCCCAACUAAGCUUGCCAGAGAACGUCAUGUUUCGUUGUGAUUCAUGCAAACGCAGCUGGCACAUGCACCACUUGCCUAGGAAAUCUGGAACUACCUAUACUAUCGAUGAUAGCCUGGAAGAAGCUGAGUUGUCUGAUAAGCGAUUCAAGGAGUAUUCUCGCCGCUGGACUUGCAAUGAAUGUGCCAACCUUCCCGGGGAGAUUGAAACUUUGGUUGCUUGGCGGCCGGUAAAUAUAGACAGCUAUAUUCCAGGACGAACCUCUAAUGAGGUCCAAGAAGAAGCAAAAGAGUAUUUAAUAAAAUGGCGGAAACUUUCUUACUUUCAAACUUCGUGGAUGCCAGGGCCCUGGGUUUGGGAAAUCGCGGCUACAUCUACACGUAAGGCAUUCAACAAAUCGGAAAAUGGACAAAAACCCCAAAUGACGUCUGGAGAUGCAAUUCCCGAGGAUUAUCUCCAUGUGGAUAUCGUCUUUGAUGUUAGAUAUUCAAAUGUCGUCUCUGAGCGAACCCUCGAGAUAGAUCUGGCUCGAGUUGACGAAGUUGAGAGCGCUUAUGUGAAGUACAGAGGUCUUCCUUACGAAUCUGCAGUCUGGGAGAAACCGCCAGACCGAAAGGAUUCUGAAAAAUGGCAAAGCUUCCAGGCAGCAUACGAAGAUUGGGUUGUAGGGAAUCAUAUUCAAAUUCCUAAGCGCGGUGUCUUGAAAAGGCACCUCGAGCAUGUUCGUUCCAAGGAUUUUGCAAAGCACUGGGUACAUGGCCUUAAUUGGGUCUAUUUCAUGUGGUAUAAACAACAAAACUCCGUGCUUGCAGAUGAGAUGGGCCUGGGCAAGACUAUUCAGGUCAUUUCCUUCUUCGCCACGCUAAUCCAAGAUCACAACUGUUGGCCUUUCCUAGUAGUUGUUCCAAACUCGACCUGUGCAAAUUGGAGACAGGAAAUAAAAAGAUGGACUCCGAGUCUCCGAGUUGUUACAUGUUAUGGAUCAGCAGCCGCUCGGAAAAUUGCUCAAGAUUAUGAAAUGUUUCCCCGUGGUUCCCAAGGACCUUCAAUGUCAUAUCGUUGGACACCCUUGCAGAACAAUAUCCGUGAAUUGUUCAAUAUCUUACAUUUCUGUGACCGCUCCAAUAAAGCAGCUGCUCUAGAGGAGGAAUUCAAGGAAAUGACAAACGAGAAUGUCAACAAACUGCAUGAUAUGAUCAGGCCAUAUUUUCUACGACGAACCAAAGCCCAGGUGCUCUCAUUCCUCCCACCGGUUGCGCAAAUAAUAUUGCCCGUCUCAAUGACGAUCGUGCAGAAGAAACUAUACAAGUCGAUCCUUUCCAAAAAUCCACAGCUAAUUAAGUCUGUGUUUAAAAGUUCUGGCCCGGGUUCAACUCUCAAGCAGAGUGAACGUCACAACUUAAACAAUAUCUUGAUGCAGCUUCGGAAAUGUUUGUGCCACCCCUUCAUUUAUUCGAAGGCUAUCGAAGAUAGGGGCGUCAAUUCCACUUUGCUACAUCGAAAUAUGGUCGAGGCGUCGUCUAAGUUACAACUUUUAGAACUCUUACUUCCCAAGCUGCAGGAGCGAGGGCACCGUGUUCUGAUAUUCAGCCAGUUUUUAGAUUUUUUGGAUAUCGUGGAGGAUUUUUUGGACGGCCUUAGCCUUGAGCAUCUUCGUCUUGAUGGCAGGAUGAACUCAUUACAGAAACAAAAGAAUAUAGAUGCGUUCAAUGCUCCGGACUCUGAAUACUUUGCAUUUCUACUUUCCACCCGGGCUGGUGGUGUUGGGAUCAACCUUGCAACAGCAGACACCGUUGUCAUUUUGGAUCCUGAUUUCAAUCCACAUCAAGAUAUACAGGCAUUGUCGAGAGCUCAUCGCAUUGGACAGAAAAAGAAAGUUAUGGUUUUCCAGCUUAUGACCCGUGGGUCUGCUGAAGAGAAAAUCAUGCAAAUCGGGAAAAAGAAGAUGGCACUGGACCAUGUCCUUAUCGAGCGUAUGGAUGCAGAUGAUGACGACGAGGUUGAUACGGAGGCCAUCCUCCGCCAUGGAGCUGAAGCCUUGUUCGAAGAUGACAACACUGAGGACAUCACUUAUGAUUCGCAAUCUGUUGACAAGCUUAUUGAGCAAAGUGAAGUCGAAAAUACCAAGACCGGGGAUGACACUUCCGCAGAGUCACAGUUUAGUUUUGCCAGAGUCUGGGUUAAUGAAACAAUGGAGAACGCGCUUGGUGACGCUGAAUCUCCACCGCCAAGUAAUACUUUAUGGGAGAAGAUCCUUAAAGAACGAGAAAAAGAAGCAGAGCAAGAAGCGAGGGCCAAAGCACAAGCAUUCGGUAGGGGCAAACGUAAACGCCAGGCUAUCAACUAUAGGGGCCACGACAGGAAUAAUGUUGGGGAAAAUGACAGCGAUGUUGAGUUUGUUUCUAACGCAAAUUCUGGAUCUGAUAGUGAUGGCAGUGGAGCGACGGGGAAAUCAGAGAUAUUCCAGAAACCCGCAGCUCGGCCCUUUAAACGCGCCAGCAUUGCAUAUCCUACUGCAAACGAGGGUGCUCAAACUAAUACAGAGGAACAGCACCCUUGUAUUGCGUGCGAUCACAUUCACCCGGUUGGCUACUGUCAAUUGAGACUUGCCGGUGUUGAGCACUGCGGUCUCUGCGGGAUUGCACACCUCGGCCACCUACGAACAUGUCCACAUCUGCAAUCUGAGCUACAGGUUGCAUCUAUGCUUGGUUCGCUCCGACAGAGUACAGAACCAAAGCCCCUUGUUGAAGCGGCUACAAAGUAUCUACGAGGAAUUCGUGGACAUCUUGUAGCAGCAAGACGCAAAACCCAGGAAUCUGCACCGCAAGAGCUCGAACCACAUAUGCUGGCUAGGAAUACUAUUCUCCAGCGCCAUUCAAACCUUCCGCAAUAUUCUUAUAAUGCUCAGCCAUUUCCUCGUCCCCAGAAUCCUAACACCUUCGCCGACGCCGGCCCCUAUGCCGGCCCCCCCCUACCAAGAAUGUCACAUACCUAUCGUCCACCCCCACCAUGCCAUUCGUCUACUAUGAGCAAUGGGUAUCAUUCUCCCUAUGCCCAAAAUGUAGACUCUAAUAAACCAGAGACUACCCAUCCCGACUACCGGCGUUAA